UUAAUUAAUCAGACAAAAGUUUGCAUUGUUGGAGCUUUUAGCUGACGUCACUUUUGUUCCUUGAAGUGAAGCUGAACAAACCUUGAGAAGUCUCCCUCAAUCUGCUGUUGCUAACACUCUCACACACACACACACACACACUCACACCGAGACUCAAUUACUGCCCAAUUCUCUUUAUCAUCUCAUACCACUGUCCUCAAACAACGCAAAUCAAGGGGAGGAACAUAAGGCUCUUUUAAUAGUAACUGAAGAAGGAUAGAUAAAGUGACGUAAAUAAGUUUGCAGGGCCGUGAUGCCACAGAGCUGAGGAUCCUCUCCUACAAUAUGGAGUCUGGAGAGCGGCUGGCGUCCCUAUCGUCAGCACCGUCCUCCCUGCACAUCGCCUCCUCCGCCGGCUCCUCUGCCGGCUCCUCCUCAGCCCCUGCCUCAGCCAAGACACCCCCCAAGUGCAGCCUCGCCCCCAGCUCUGCGUCUCUGGGCACCUCUCUAUCCACCUGUGGACACUUGUUCAGGGCGGCGGGCGACCAACAUUUCAACAUGUCUACGGUCUCAAGUGCCUUCCCCAUUGUCAACCACCCAGCUUUUGGUCUGUGCACCAGCAGCUCGGGGCGCUCUGAGUUUGGAGGCCUGGGAUCCCUGGGGAUGUCUGCCUCCUUGGCUGCACACUCUCAGCUAGGAGGCUUUCCAGGUAUGGGAGCUUUUCCAGAAUGGUGGCGGGCGGCUGAGGCUCAGGGUCGUGGAGCGGCUGCCUUCUUCCCCCACCUCCUGGGGUUUCCACCCAUGUUCGCACCGCAACUCCAGCAGAACCAGGAUUCUAGCCUUUUUCAGGCCCGCACCCCAAGCAAGAAUGGACGAGCCACUGCCCACGGAAUGAAUGGAGCUGUGAAUGGCAGUACCAUCACCACUGUUUCUGCAAGUAGCUCUGCCACCACCACCACCACCUCAACGCAGGGGAAAACGGGCAAAAUGAAAGCCACUAACGGCAGCAGCAAGAGCCGCACGGGCCACCUGGACGUGACCCAAGUGAAGGAGAAGGAUGAUCAGAAAACAAAAGAAAAGAAACUCCGAAAGAAACCGGUGGAAGCGUCCAGCAACAGUGAUAGCCAAUCAGGGACCUCCUCUGAUAUCUCCAGUGAAGGGUUGAGUGACAGUGACUCAGAUGACCUGGAUGAUGAUGAUGAUGAUGAUGACGACGACGACGACGAUGACGACGAAGAAGAAGAGAGUGAGGAUUCAGACUCUGAGAAGGAAAGCCAUGCUAAGAGAAAGAUUAAGGGCUCGACACGUAGCCCUGCCCCCAGCAAGGAGGGAUCCCGCGCUGCCGAAGGUGAGAAGGCUUGGUAUUCCCGGGACAGCCGGACCGGUCUUCAGAAACAUCCAGACCAUGACUCCAUUCAUUCCCUCCACUACCGGCCACAGCCCCCAGCACUGCCCCAGUCGUCUGCCCUCAUCUUCCAGAGCUCCAGGAGCAGAGACGGGGAACUGAAUCAGCAUACCAGUGUGAUCCAGGCCACUGGGCUGGCUGCCAGUACUAAACCCCUGGCCCUGGUCACCCAGCCUCGAAGGGAUACCUGCUCCUCUCCUCAGCCCAACAGACCUUUCUUCUUGUCUGCCCCACCCAAACCUUUCUCUCCUACUGCCUCACCUAAACACAGCUCCCUUGCUUCCUCUCCCAAACCCCUCUCCCUCUGUUCCUCUCCAAAACCGCUGUCUCUUUCCUCCACCUCCCCCAAGCCUCCAUCCCUCUCCUCCUCACCCAAACCACCCACCCUCUCACCCUCACACAGGCCCAAAUCUCAGACGGCCUCCCCAAAACCCCCCACCUUGUCAGACAGUUUAAAGGGGGGCAGCAGAAACCUCCUGGAUGAAACCUUGUUGCACAUCAACAACUUUAAAUUGAAACAGGAGCACUUCAAGCAGGCCUUCCCUCCACCGCUGAUGCACCAGGACCUGCUCAAGAGCCAGAAGAAAAAGAAAAUGUCUGCCUCAUCACUACCACCGCCCAGAUUGUCUCCAGAGCCCCUUGGCGGCAGCCACCAGCUGGCCGACCACUCCAACCUGUUCCUGGCCACUUCCCUCCUGGUCCCCGGCCCCACCCUCCCGAACGGUGUCAUCCACAGCACUGUUCAGGACGCCCCCCUGGCCCUCAUCACCAAGCCACGCAGCAGCCAGGGUCGUACCCCCGACAGCAAGCCUCUCCUGGCUGCGACCAGUCCACCCUUCUCCAUGCCGGUCAACCUGAGCACCGGGACCAAGGAGCAGAGCUCACCGGCACUGGCUCACAGAGCCGGGAAGAGUAAGGCCCCACCCAAGGGUCUCCGCACGGGGAAGUGCACGUCCGAGUCCCAGACCCACCUGGUGCAUUCCCUGGCGGAGUUGUUCCGGAACACAGAGUCAGACAUCCCCAGCAGCAAGGACUCGGAUGACUCCGUGGAGGAGGAGGAGGAGGAGGAUGAUGAUGAUGAUGACGACGUCGAAGAUGAGGAUUCUGACGAUAGCCUUUCAGCAGAGUCUGACAGUAAUCUGGAAAGUGACUCUGACAGCUCGGAGGACGACGUGAAGGACCAGACCACUACAGACACGGAUGCCGGGAGGAUAAGCCCUCUGAAACUCCCCAAAUUCAACACAGGCUCCUCUUCUCUCCUCAACGCCUCCAGCCUCUCAGCCAGCUGCUCACCUCUCAACCUCCAGGUGGCCAAGCCAGUCGGUGGCCUACCCACCCCAGCCAUAGUGACCAGCUCUGGGGUCUCGGGCUACCACAGCACCCCCUCCUCCUCAUACACGCACUGCUCCACCCCUCCAGGACCAGGGAAGAGGAGGAGAGUGACAGAUGAGAGGGAGCUGCGGGCUCCUCUAGAAUUUGGGUGGCAGAGAGAGACGCGCAUCCAUAAUGUGGCAGGCCGUCCGCAGGGAGACGUGUCAUACUACACCCCAUGUGGGAAGAAGCUACGGCAGUACCCCGAUGUGAUGAAGUAUCUGUCCAGAAAUGGAAUAAGUGACAUCACACGCGACAAUUUUAGCUUCAGUGCAAAAAUAAGGGUUGGUGACUUCUAUGAAGCCAGAGAUGGACCUCAGGGAUUACAGUGGAGCUUGUUGACCGAGGAGGAGGUGAUUCCUCGUGUCCUGGCCAUGGAUGGGAGGCGCGGGCGUCCCCCCAACCCCAAGCACCAGAGGAUGGGCGACGAGGGCCCCCAGUCCAGGCGCAAGAAGGGCCGACUUCCCAGCGCUGGCGAGGCUGACUUCCAAGGCGCCAUUGACGCCAAACGCUUACGCAGGCUGGAGGCUGAGGGGAUAGCUCGACAGGCAGCGCAGAUGAAGAUGAUGAGGAAACUUGAAAAGCAGGCCAUGGCUCGAGCGGCCAAGGAAGCCAGGAAGCAGCAAGCGAUCAUGGCUGCUGAGGAGAAACGGAAACAGAAAGAGCAAAUGAAGAUUUUGAAGCAGCAGGAGAAGAUCAAGCGCAUUCAGCAAAUUCGAAUAGAGAAGGAGCUCAGAGCACAGCAGAUUCUGGAGACUAAGAGGAGAAAGAAGGAAGAAGCGGCAAAUGCCAAAAUAAUGGAGGCUGAGAAGCGAAUCAAGGAGAAGGAGAUGAGAAGGCAACAGGCUGUCAUGUUGAAGCAGCAGGAGUUGGAGAGGCAUAGACUAGAUAUGGUAUGGGAGCGGGAGCGGCGGAGGCAGCACAUGAUGCUUAUGAAGGCCAUGGAUGCCCGUAAGAAAGCUGAGGAGAGGGAGCGCUUAAAGCAGGAGAAGAAGGACGAGAAACGGUUAAACAAGGAACGGAAAUUGGAGCUUAGAAGGCUGGAACUGGAGAUUGCCAAGGAGCUAAAGAAGCCAAAUGAUGACAUGUGUCUAGCGGAUCAUAAGCCGCUUCCGGAGUUAUCUCGUAUCCCUGGCCUGGUCCUGCCAGGAAGCUGCUUCUCUGACUGCCUGGUGGUGAUGCAGUUCCUGCGGAGCUUUGGCAAGGUACUGGGCUUUGACGUCAGCGCCCACGUGCCCAACCUGGGAGUACUCCAGGAGGGUCUGCUCAACCUGGGAGACAGCAUGAGACGGGUCCAGGACCUGCUGGUACAGAUGCUGUCUGCUGUGAUCUGUGACCCAGGACUGCCUCCAGGACACCGGUCCAAGACAGCUCUGGGGGACCACCUGACUAACGUUGGCAUCACCCGGGAGAACGUGUCAGAAGUGCUGCAGAUCUAUAUGGAGGCUCACUUUGGGGGGACAGCACUGCAGAUGGAGCUGGGGGAGGUCACAGCCAGUCUGAAGACAAAGGCCUUCCAGGCCCACACGCCCUCACAGAAGGCCUCAAUCCUGGCCUUCCUGGUCAACGAGUUGUCCUGCAGUAAAAGCGUGGUCAACGAAAUUGAUAAGAACAUUGAUUACAUGACCAACCUGAGAAGAGACAAGUGGGUCAUCGAGGGCACGCUUCGCAAACUGAGGACUGUCCAUGCCAAGAAGACGGGAAAGAGAGACAGCGGAGUGGGGGGAGAGGAGACCCAGUCCCUGGGGACACCCACGCCCGGGCGCAAGCGCAAGAGGAAAGGAGGGGACUGCAGCGAGGAAGACUACGAUGAGGACGAGGAUAGCGAGGACCAGGGGGAUGAAGACGAGGAUGAUGAUGAGGAGGAGGAGAGGGGGAAGAAAAUGAAGAAAGUAGAAACGUGUGAGGAUGAGGAUGAGGGGGACCAGUCAGCCAGUGUGGAGGAGCUGGAGAAACAGAUAGACAGAUUAACCAAGCAACAGAGUCAGAUCAGACGGAAGCUGUUUGAGUCAUCCCACUCCCUGCGCUCCAUGACAUUCGGCCAGGACCGCUACAAGCGCCGAUACUGGGUACUGCCACAGUGUGGCGGUAUCUAUGUGGAAGGAAUGGAGAGUGGGGAAGGAGCGGAAGAGCUGGAGCUGGAGAGACAGAGGAACACUGUCCAGGUGAAGGAGGAGGAGGAGCUGGAAGGGAGGUCAGGGGUUUUCCAGCUGAAGGAGGACAGGGACAUGGACAUAGCCACGCCUGACAAACACAACCUCAACCUCUUCCUCCAGAAGCCCGGCUCCUUCUCCAAACUCAGCAAACUCCUGGAGGUGGCCAAGGGGUCCCCGGAGGGCCACAGCUGUAGUCCAGUCAAAGUCCCCACCACCUUGCCCUCACCUGUUCACCCCCCCACUCAGACUACACCACCCAGCAGCCACUGCGUGGCUCCCACCUCGCUGUGUCCAGAGAUGAAGGCGGAGCCCUCUGCACCUUUACUCAGCCAGGCCCACCACAGCAACGUGAACAGCAGCCCGGGCCAGGUUUCGUCCAGCCCCCAGCAGCCUCUCCAGGCCACCGACCAGCUGCUGAGGGUGCUGACAGAGAAGAGCGGCCACUGGUUCAGUCUGCUGCCCCGCUCACCAUGUGACGAGUCGUCCGUCACCUCCACUCCCAACGCUGCCGCCGCCUCCUCCACCAGGCCCAAGUCCCCAUCCUUCCUGUCUCCAGCCACCAGCUCCACGACAACCAGCCCCUGCAACCUCACCGCGGGGGUCAAUAACUUCUCUUCGUCCACUCUCCAGCAUAUGAAGUCUGGAGUCCAUAUGAUGGGUCUGCCCUUCUGUGGAUGGCCUAGUGGCAUGAUGUGCCCCACACUGCCCUUCUCUGCCAGUCCCCUGCCUCCCACCCCACUCGGCGUGGCCUACAACCAUGUGGACAUGAACGCAAAUGGAAACCCCUUCCUGGCAGCGCCCAGUUUCUCCACCUGCAAGAGUGAGUCCCUGGUGUGCCAGGUAGAGAAGCCCCCCUCUGCCCCGUCUCCUGUGGUGGAGCUGGCUAAGACCCAGGACUACCCGGACCCCCUCCCCAUUCCCCAGGACAUGCUGUCUGGCUGGUGGAGAGUGUCCGGCGUGGAGGAGCUGAGGAGCCUGGUGAAGGCAUUCCACACCAGGGGAAUCAGAGAGAAGAACCUGCACAAGCAAAUCCAGAAACACAUGGACUACAUGGCCCAGGCCUGCGCCAAGAACAGAGACGUGGCAGCGAUAGACGAGUCGGAGCUGCAGGAGAACGGUGUGAGCGAGGAGACUGUGGAGGGCUGGUGCGUGGAGGAGCAGGCCAUGGAGAUGGACAUCGCCGUGCUGCAGCAGGUGGAGGAGCUGGAGAGGAAGGUGACCUCAGCCAGCCUGCAGGUCAAGAGUUGGAUGUAUCCUGAGCCCCAGUCGGACAGAGAGGACCUGGUCUACUACGAGCACAAGCCCCUGACUAAGCUGCCUCCGGCCGGGGAUCAGCCGUCGGCGGGCGAGAAGGGCGGCGGCUUGGUGCGGCGCCUCAACAACCCCCUAGAUUUAGCUGUAAUACGGCUGGGCGAGCUGGAGAGGAACAUUGAGCGAAGGUACCUGAAGAGCCCCUUAGGUACCACCAUUCAGGUGAAACUGGACAAUGUGCCGGGCACGCUCAGAGUGCCUGCUCCCACACCAGCCAGUUGUGGUGAUGGUGAAGGGGGUGAUGAGGAGCUGGCCCCGGGCAUGAAGGCAUGGCGAAAGGCCAUGGCUGAGGUCCGCAGUGCCGCCCAGCUGGCUCUCUGCAUCCAGCAGCUCCAGAACUCCAUCGCCUGGGAGAGGUCCAUAAUGAAAGUGUACUGCCAGUUGUGUCGAAAAGGGGAUAAUGAGGAACUUCUCCUACUCUGUGAUGGCUGUGAAAAAGGCUGCCACACAUACUGUCAUAAACCCAGGAUCACCACUAUACCUGCUGGGGACUGGUUUUGUCCCGCUUGCAUAUCGAAGGCCAGCGGUCAAUCCCCCAUGAAUAAGAAGCAGUGCCGAGUCGGAGCCGGCGGAGGGGGGAAGCGGAGCAGCGAGGCGAAACAGAGUAGGAAGCCUUCGUCCGUAGCUAGCGGAGACGUCUCUGAGGAUGAUUCAGCCAGCACCACCAGUAGCAACACUCCAAAAAAAGGGGGCAAAGAGGCCAAAAAGAGGAAGAGCCCUGCAAAAGAGAGCCCAGCCCCCAACCAAACCAAGCAGGACGGAACCAGCCCUGUCUAUAUGAAGAAGGCGAAGACAGCCACAUGGGCCAGAGAUGACGAUAAGGAUCUGACAUUGUGCAGGGUUUUGCUGGCUGAGCUGGAGGGUCACCAGGAUGCCUGGCCUUUCCUCAACCCUGUCAACCCCAAAUCUGUACCCGGCUACAAGAAAGUAAUCAGGAAACCCAUGGACUUCUCCACUAUCCGAGAAAAGCUCUUCAACAGCCAGUACUUGAACCUCGAGACGUUUAUCAUUGAUGUCAACCUGGUUUUUGAUAACUGUGAAAAGUUUAAUGAAGACAAUUCAGAGAUAGGGCGAGCAGGACAUAGCAUGAGGAGAUUUUUUGAGAAGAGAUGGAUUGAGCUGUUAAAACAAACUGACUAAGCUUGUUUGGACUAAUUUAUCCUUAAUGGGACCAGUAGUAAACAUUGACAUGCAGAAUGUCUGGAUUGGUCUAAAGAUCUUCAAGGUUUAAGGCUCAAUUAUCUCUGUCAUCAACCAAGGAACCUACAUUUACCAUUGUAAUUCCACUCAUUGACUUCUCUGAUGUACACAACACAGUGCUGGUUUUGUGAAAGGAAGCAAAUGCACCCAAAGAGUUUCAGAUGAACGGUUUGGGUGUUUUGAAGUGCAAUACCAUUUCUUAGAAGAAACAACACUGAAUCCACAAUCCAACUAAACUGUGUACUUAUUGUUUUAUAAUUAAUAUUGUAGUAAAUGUAUUUAAUUUUGACAAUUAUUUAUGUUUAAAAAAUGGUUGUCUUUCGUUUUCUAAGAAAAGGAAGUAAACAGCAUACCUGCUUUAAAAAAAAAAAUGUUAUGGAAUGUUUUUUCCAGAAAUAAAACAAAAGCCAAGAAAAAAAGGAAUUGUUUACACUGCUCUGUGCCUCCAGGGGGCGCCACCAGAUUUAUGAUGGUAUUACUGUAGGUUAUGCUGCAUUUCAAUCUGUAUCGCUCACAAACUUGAGAGACAGUGAGGUAACAAUGACACAUGUAUAUACUGUUCAUUAAUGUUAAUAAGUAUUGUUUGUAAUAUGUAUGUGUACAUACAGUAAUGUUACCAGAAAUCUGCUAUUGUUUAUGCCUUAGAGUGCUUGUAGCGUUUAAUUUCAGUCAUAAUUAUAAAUACAUGUAUAUGUCCUGUACUGAAUCCUCUACAAACACUGUGGUCUCCUCAAUCUUGGUAGUGCCUGCCCUCUCAAAAGUGUGUGGAGGAUAUUAUUUAAACCUUUUGGUUUUGUAUUCUUUUAAGUGUGUGUGUGUGUGUGUGUGUGUGUGUGUGUGUGUGUGUGUGUGUGUGUGUGUGUGUGUGUG